AUGAAUAACCGAUUAAGGUCGUAUGUUCUUAAGAAAUUCACUAAAGAACAAGAUAAACGAUUGAAGACUGCAAAAAAAAGAUAUAAAAAUAUAAAAGACACAUAUUUGAAAAUUAAAAGAUCGAGAAAAAUGAGACCCGGGAUGAAAAUGUCAAGGGUUUCUUUAAAAUCAACCAAAUGGAACUUAGCACCGCAUUUAAAAUGUUUAGAUGUUCUACCAGAUAAAGUUCUUACAUCACAUAUUAAUGUUAUGGAUUACGAUGAAAAUUCCAACUCUGAGCGAAAUGAAGACGAAGAAGCCACUGAUACUCAAUCUGGGCAUUACGAUCAAAAACUUCCACCCCAAUUAAUUCAAGCAAAAGUUAAAAUGUUGUCCAUUGUAAUGGAUUUGGAACUUCAAGCAUCAAGUGAUGUGUGA